AUGUCAAAAGUCGCAAUUAUCAUUUACACUCUGUACGGCCACACGGCCGAACUAGCAGAAGCGCAAAAAAGGGGCGUGGAGGCUGCCGGCGGUGAGGCCGAUAUUUACCAGGUUCCAGAGACUUUGAGCGAUGAUGUUAUCAAAGCAUUGGGUGGGCAGCGUAAGCCUUCUUAUCCAAUUGCAAGUCGCGAGACGCUCGAAGAGUACAACUUCUUCCUAUUCGGGAUUCCAACGCGCUUUGGUAACUUCCCAGCACAGUGGAAGGCAUUCUGGGACGCCACUGGUGGCCUGUGGGCCAAGGGCGCGCUGCACGGCAAAGUUGCUGGCGUCUUUGUCUCGACCGGCACGGGCGGUGGUAAUGAGACCACCGUCGUUAACUCGCUAUCGGUGCUGGCCCACCAUGGCAUAAUCUACGUGCCUUUGGGCUACAAGUUUGCGGGGGCCGCCUUGAGCAACCUGACGGAGAUUCACGGCGGCUCGCCAUGGGGUGCUGGUUCCAUUGCUGGCGCCGAUGGUUCGCGCCAGCCUUCUGCGCUGGAGCUCGAAGUCAACGAGUUCCAGGGGAAAACAUUCUUUGAAACCGCAAAGAGAUUUGGUGCCCCAGAGGCCACUGUGUAA